AUGCUGAGUGGCUCUGGCAACUCCUGUGGUUCAAGGUCGUUAGUCAUCCGCUGCUGCUGCAGGAGACACCGGAGCGCUGAGCCAGAGCUGUGCAUCCAACCCUCUUGGUCCGCCAGGCCAGCUAGGAUGAAGGAGUCUAGGCAAACAUUCCUUAAUUUAUUCUGCAUCCUCUGGCUCUUGCUGCUGCUGAAGACUGCCUCUUCCUCCCCUCUACCCCGUGGAAAAGACCCACGAGCCCCUUCGCUCCCCUUUGGGCUGUACAAAGGACACACCUGUGUUGGAUGCGUGCUUGUGGUGUCUGUCAUCGAACAGCUUGCACAGUGGCACAACAGUACAGUAAAGGCAGCUGUGGAGAGACUGUGUGACUACAUACCUGAAAAACUGCAAGGUUUCUGUUAUGUGCUUGCUGAACUUUAUGGACCACACAUAGCUGAACUCAUAGACAGGGAAAUGAAUGCCGAUGUGGUUUGCCAUUCCUUGAGGCUGUGUAAACAGGAUCCAGGACAACCACUUUGUCAUCUCUACUCUCCUCCAAAGGUGGGACUGAGUGUUGCAAUAAGAAAAGCAAAAAGAAUUAUGAAGACUUCCAAGGACUUGAAAAACUUCAUGGGCUUCUCAAGUGUAUGUGCAUUUCCUCUUCUGGCUAACCUGUGUGAGAAGAUUAAAUAUGUUCUAAGAAAUAAACUGCCUUUUGAAGAUUUUGAUGGAGAUAAAUUUAGUACCUUCCCAACAUUGAGGGGCUAUCACUGGCGAGGCAGAGACUGCAACGACAAAAACACAACUGUGUACCCUGGCAGGCGUCCUGAUAAUUGGGAUGCAAAAAGUGACUCUAACUGCAAUGGUAUAUGGGGUGUGGAUCCAAAAGAUGGAAUUCCCUAUGAAGAGAAGUUCUGCAAAGGUGCAGACUCCAGAGGGGUCGUGCUCCUGGGAGACUCGGCCGGCGCUCACUUCCACAUCCCUCCCGAGUGGAUGACCGUCACACAGAUGUCAGCGAAAUCAUUCGCUAAUCUCCCCAUGGCUUUCAGUGAUGAGUUUGACUGGCCCCAGUUCUCAGAGAUCACUGGAUUUCUCAAUUCCACCAUCGGAGGGUGGACAGACUCUCUCUAUCUACGUUUACGCAAGAGAAAUCGCUGUAAUCACAGAGACUUGCAGAACAUUUCCCAGAAUGGUGGUUCUUCAGGAAACCUCCUCUCUUUAAUAAAAAGUUUGGCCAGAAACCAGCUGUUGGACAAUCCAGCCAUAGUUAUCUACGCUACAAUUGGGAAUGAUGUCUGCAACGGGGAACGUGACACACUGGCCCACAUGACCACACCCAAAGAAAUGCUCUCCAAUGUGGUGCAAGCUCUGCGAUACCUGGACUCCCAUCUUCCAAAUGGCAGCCAUGUGAUUUUGACAGGCUUGGUGGAUGGUCGCUUCCUCUGGGAUAACCUGCAUGACAGAUACCAUCCUCUAGGACAACUGAACAAGGAUGUCACGUACAGUCAACUCUACUCUUUCCUCGACUGCCUCCAGGUGAGCCCCUGCAGCGGCUGGCUGACCCCCAAUGAGACCCUGAGGAAUCUGACCUCGGAGAGAGCAUUACAACUUUCCAAUGUCCUGAAAGAAAUAGCAAGAUCUGAGAAAUUUGCCAACUUUGAUAUUUUCUACAUGGAUUUCCCACUGAGACAAACGGCCGAGGAGUGGCACAAGAUGGGAGGUGAGCCCUGGCAGCUGAUCGAACCAGUCGAUGGCUUCCACCCCAGCCAGAUUGCUGCAGCCCUUGGAACAGGCAUUACCUGGCAGAAGGCACUACACGAGUGGCCUCAAGUGCUUGGCAAGGAGAAUCCAUUCAAUGAUCAGAUUGAAGCCAUAUUCAAAGAUCAAGGUGGACACUGACUUCCGAACUGCUGGAACCCUCACGCAAUUGGUGACGGCACUUCCACGAGUCAAGGUGAUUAAAGACACACACAAAAAAAGGUGGAGAGGAAGUUAUCAGAGCCAGUAGCAGUGGACAUAACACAAGAGCAUUAUUUUCAGUUUGUAUCUCACCUGCACAAGUAGGCUAUGCUUUUUCUGUGGAGCUACAAAAAUAAAAAUCAAAGGAUAGCUGCCAGCUAGACCAUUUAUUGUUCCAGUUUGAAAAUCUGUGCUUCUUUUUUCCACAUGCAGCAAACUCCUACCCCUACCUACUCUUUUUUCCUUCUGCAGAACAUUUCUAGGUUUUCUGUUUGCAGUGUUUCAACAGUUAAUCUGAUCCCAAAAGGAGAGGGGGGGAACCCCAAACUCAUUAUGUUGCUAUAAAUUGUGUGUAUGUAAUUGCCUUGACUGUCAAUACAUUAUUUAGCUGCUAUUUGCUUAUUAAAGUGUGCCAGGAAUAACAAGGCACUACAAUUUUGAUGCGCCUGGCAGCAUCAGCACAGGCUGACUGAGCACAGGUUCUCUUCCCCCAUUAAUAAGUUAUUAGGUUGACAACACUUCAUGUAUUUAAAAAGCAGGUUGUUUUUUCAACCUGUAAUGUAUCUCUGCUUUUUUUGCUUCCUAAGGAAAAUAAUAUGCCAAGUCCUAUGUCUUUUAUAGGCAAGGGAAUCACUGAAAAUACUGGGUAGCCCUUGCUUCAUAGGCACUCGAAGAUGGAGAAUUACUG